AGCUUUAACUUCAGACUUGGAGGUGGGCUGUGUGCAGUAAACUGGAAUGCUCUCCCUCACUCACUCCCCAGUGUAGGAGUGAUCCGAAGCAGGACAAGCUCUCCCUGCAGCUGCUGUUGGCUUUGUGUGGACUGGACGCGGAGCUUGGGAGAGGGGGGAGGGUUAUUACUCCAGUUCACAGUCAGUGGAAUUACAGCUAUAGCGGCAGUAUACAUGGGAUUGCUUUUUCUCGUCUUCCUGGGCUCUGACAGUACCGUGUACAAAGACCUCAACAGUGCUGACCAUGAUCAGCCCAGCCUGGAGCAUCUUCCUCAUCUGGACUAAAAUUGGGCUGUUCCUUCAGGUGGCACCUCUCUUAGUUAUGGCUAAAUCCUGCCCAUCUGUAUGCCGUUGUGAUGCAGGUUUCAUUUACUGUAAUGAUCGCUUUCUGACAUCCAUUCCAACAGGAAUACCAGAGGAUGCUACAACACUCUACCUUCAGAACAACCAAAUAAAUAACGCUGGAAUUCCUUCAGAUUUGAAAAACUUGCUAAAAGUAGAAAGAAUAUACCUAUACCACAACAGUUUAGAUGAAUUUCCUACCAACCUACCAAAGUAUGUAAAAGAGUUACAUUUGCAAGAAAAUAACAUAAGGACUAUCACUUAUGAUUCACUUUCAAAAAUUCCCUAUCUGGAAGAAUUACAUUUAGAUGAUAACUCUGUCUCUGCUGUUAGCAUUGAAGAAGGGGCAUUCCGAGACAGCAACUAUCUCCGACUGCUUUUCCUGUCCCGUAAUCACCUCAGCACAAUCCCUUGGGGUUUGCCCAGGACUAUAGAAGAACUACGCUUGGACGAUAAUCGCAUAUCCACUAUUUCAUCACCAUCUCUUCAAGGUCUCACUAGCCUAAAACGCCUGGUUCUGGAUGGAAACCUAUUGAACAACCAUGGUUUAGGUGAUAAAGUUUUCUUCAACCUAGUCAACUUAACAGAACUGUCAUUGGUGCGGAAUUCCCUGACUGCUGCACCAGUAAACCUUCCAGGCACAAACCUGAGGAAGCUUUAUCUUCAAGAUAACCACAUCAAUCGGGUGCCCCCAAAUGCUUUUUCUUAUCUAAGGCAGCUGUAUCGACUCGACAUGUCCAAUAACAACCUAAGUAAUUUACCUCAGGGUAUCUUUGAUGAUUUGGACAAUAUAACCCAACUGAUUCUUCGUAACAAUCCCUGGUAUUGUGGGUGCAAAAUGAAAUGGGUACGUGACUGGUUACAGUCACUACCUAUGAAGGUCAAUGUGCGUGGGCUUAUGUGCCAAGCCCCAGAAAAAGUUCGGGGGAUGGCUAUCAAGGACCUUAAUGCGGAACUGUUCGAUUGUAAGGACAGUGCAGUGGUAAGCACCAUUCAGAUAACCACUGCAAUACCCAACACAGUAUAUCCUGCUCAAGGACAGUGGCCAGCUCCAGUGACCAAACAACCAGACAUUAAGAACCCCAAGCUCACUAAAGAUCAGCGAACCACAGGGAGUCCAGCAAGAAAAACAAUUAUAAUUACUGUGAAAUCUGUCACCUCUGACACGAUUCAUAUCUCUUGGAAACUUGUCCUACCUAUGACUGCUUUAAGACUCAGCUGGCUCAAACUGGGCCAUAGCCCAGCAUUUGGAUCUAUAACAGAAACAAUCGUAACAGGGGAACGCAAUGAAUACUUAGUCACAGCCCUGGAGCCUGAUUCGCCAUAUCGAGUCUGCAUGGUUCCCAUGGAAACCAGUAACCUCUACCUAUUUGAUGAAGCCCCUGUUUGUAUUGAGACUGAAACUGCACCCCUUCGAAUGUACAACCCUACAACCACCCUUAAUCGAGAGCAAGAGAAAGAACCUUACAAAAACCCUAAUUUACCGUUGGCUGCCAUCAUUGGUGGGGCUGUGGCCCUGGUCACCAUUGCCCUUCUUGCUUUAGUGUGCUGGUACGUUCAUAGGAACGGAUCACUCUUCUCAAGGAACUGUGCGUACAGCAAAGGGAGGAGAAGAAAGGAUGACUAUGCGGAAGCUGGCACUAAGAAGGACAACUCCAUCCUGGAAAUCAGGGAGACUUCUUUUCAGAUGUUACCAAUAAGCAAUGAACCAAUCUCAAAGGAGGAAUUUGUAAUACACACCAUAUUUCCUCCUAAUGGAAUGAAUCUGUACAAAAACAAUCACAGUGAAAGCAGUAGUAACCGAAGCUACAGAGACAGUGGUAUUCCAGACUCAGAUCACUCACACUCAUGAUGCUGGAGGCCUUGUAGCUGACUGUGUUUCGGUUUUUUUAAACCUAAGGGAGAUGAUGGUAGGAACCCUAUUCUACUGCAAAACACUGGAAAAAGAGACUGAAAAAAGCAAUGUACUGUACAUUUGCCAUAUAAUUUAUAUUUAAGAACUUUUUAUUAAAAGUUUCAAAUUUCAGGUUACUGCUGCGAUUGAUGUAGUAGAGAUGCCUGAACACAAGUCUAUAUUUUAGUAUUUUUUAGUAAUUUGUACUGUAUUUUCCUUGCAAAUAUUGAAGUUAUAAACCAUUUACUUUGUGUUCUACUGAGUAAGAUGACUUGUUGACUGUGAAAGUGAAUUUUCUUGCUGUGUUGAACAAUCAGGACUGAGUUCACAUGAGAUCCUUGUAGUAUAAGCACAGGCCAUUUUUCACUUUGGUAUUAAUGAAAUGUAAAAAAAAAAAACCUGGCUGAAUGAGAAAACUUAAAGUUCAAAAAAUAGUUAUGAAAGAAUGUUCCAACUAUUAAAUUUGUAUUAUCCCAGUGGUAUUCAAUAAAUUAAAAUAUGUGACGUAAUGGGCAAUAUCAAACUUGCUGCAUAUUUCCAUUUUUACUCUAAGCAAAUUAGAUACUUUUAAGAAAAUACGCAUAUCUUCUGAACUGAAUACAUCCGCUGGCAUAAAGGAGUGUGAAGUCUGCUGUUAAAACCACUGUUAACAAAGCUUUGAGAAUAAAGGACUUCACAAAAUGAAUAAUGUAAGAGCACUCUUAAGUUAGGGGGAAAUUUAUACUUAGGAAAAUAUGAAAUCUUAGACUCUGAUAGUGUAAUGACACAAACACCAGAAUUGCAUUUUGGUUUUGCCUAUACCAUCCUGAUUUUUGAAAAGUGAAUUCUAAAGAUGUAAUUGUUAAUGUUUAUAAUGUUUUUAUCAUAAAUGAUAUCAAAAGAGAAACAUGCAUAUUUAAAAAGGUAGUGUACCCAUAAGCAAUUCCCCUCAACAAUGCAGAGAAAGUAGUACUUUGAAAAAGGGAGAAUUUAAAAGAAAAAUAACUACUAGAAAUCAAAUUUAGAUCUGGUUUAUAUGAAAUGUUUUAACACUGUACAUAAAAGUUCAAUUUACCUUCACAAUGAUCAAGAAUACUGCCCAUUACUGUCACAGUUUUCCACAUAUUACAUAAUGAACUUGUAAUGUAACAUUUCUUUCUAGCUUCCUACUGAAUUGUGAGCUAUUACUUGUUUAAAAACCACAUCAUUUUUCUGUUGCCAUGAUUUUUAUUUUUCCAACAAAAAACCAAAGUGCAUUGUACGCCCUUUGGCCAGUCUUGUAUGUGCCUUGAUCCAAUGCUACAUGUAUUCAGCUUUUAAAACUCGACAAAUUUUUCAUACUUCCUUAAAUAUGAAAAAUUAUGGUCUUAUUGCUGAAUAAAACAAGAAAAAAGUACAAAAUAAUCGUGCUUGCUUUUUCGGGAUUAUGUUACUAUCACUAAAGUAGCAAAUUGCCCAGCACAUUAUUCCUAAGCACCCCCAUGUAUUUUUCUAGGCAUAAAAAUAAACGUUGACUACAAAUAAAAAUAUAUAUAUAGCAA